CUCCCUCACUCUCCCUCCCCCUCCCUCCCUUCUCCUCCUCCUCCGGUCGCUCGGCCACAUUCCCCGCUACCUUUCACCCCGGAGCCCCUCUCUAUCUGACGGCGUAGCAGCGCGGACGAACCCCGGGACAACAUGGCGUCAGGUGUGACAGUGAAUGACGAGGUCAUCAGGGUGUUCAACGACAUGAAGGUGAGGAAGUCUUCGAGCCAGGAGGACGUGAAGAAGAGGAAGAAGGCGGUUCUGUUCUGCCUCAGCGAGGACCGGAAGAAGAUCAUCGUAGAGGAGGGGAAGCAGAUCCUGGUGGGGGACAUCGGCGAGACGGUGGACGACCCCUACGCCUGUUUCGUUAAGCUCCUCCCCCUCAACGACUGCAGAUACGGACUGUACGAUGCCACCUACGAAACCAAGGAGUCCAAGAAGGAGGACCUGGUCUUCAUCUUCUGGGCUCCGGAGGGCGCUCCACUGAAGAGUAAGAUGAUCUACGCCAGCUCUAAAGAUGCCAUCAAAAAGAAGUUUACAGGUAUCAAACACGAGUGGCAGGUGAACGGGCUGGACGACAUCCAGGACCGCACUACGCUGGCCGAAAAGCUGGGCGGGAACGUGGUGGUGUCUCUGGAGGGCAAGCCGCUGUGAUGUCACGGCGGCGAGCCGAGCGGAGCCAAGCCAACCGCCGUGCCAUCCGGACCGAAGCACCUGACCCCACCUGAACACCGCCGCUUCACUCAGCAGCUUGCUCUGUCUGUAUCAUGUCCUGAAGGAGUUAGCGUCUUUAGGCCUCUUUGUUUUCUUUUUGUUUUUAUUCUUUUUGCUUUUUUCCAACAUGAAGGAGAUCUCAUUAACAUAAUGAUAUGCAAACCCCUCCCAGUUUGUUGCCACAUGACUUCUGUUCACCUGGCAGAAAAAAACGACACAUUACCAAACCCCAGGACGGUUGUCUCUCGCUCACAGCCGGAGUUUUGCCAAAAAGUCGAUGUGAAGGAAGCAGCCACACGUGUCGGAGGAAGCCCCGCCUCCUGCAGCACACGGGUCAUGACGCUUUUUACAUAUGACUUUAUUUAUUAUUGUAAAGUGUUGUUUCUUCUCCAGUAUGUUCCAACAGGCACACUCGUUAGACUAUGCAUUCAGAAGAGAAGCACUUUUUGUUAAACACUACAGGUUCAGUCACCCAGCUAACGUUUGUUCAUUCCUGUCGACUUCUAGCUGUUUGGUCGUCGCCUUACUUUCAGUUUGAAUGUAACCGUCACACCAGUUAGUUAGAGUGCACUUUUAUUUUGUAAAGAAACACUACAGGAAGCAGAUUUGACCCCAGCAGUGAGAGACGACCCCACAACAACAACAACACGACUACAUCUGGAGCCUUAAAGUGGAACGUUGUUUCUGAGAUCACAGGAAGCCACUUUGCAAUAAAAGCCUGUGGCAGAUCUGA